AUGGCAACACGAGAACCCAGGGUCAUUCGACCAAUGAGCAAUCUAGAACAGUAUCAUUCAGCCCUACAUACUUUGCGUCAUAGCUGUGGAACCGCUGUAACAUGCCUUUAUGGUCUUCCAGAGCAUCUCACUGGAGGUGGACUGCAAUCUAUCCAGGACGUUUUCCAUCGAGCUGUGGCACUUACAGUGAUUGAACAUCCCAUGCUCCAAGUGGGAAUCUUAAACGAAGAUUCGGCUACGCCAUCAUGGAUUGAGCUGGAUACUGUCAAUUUCAAUGAACAUAAGGCAAUCGGUAAUCAACUUGAUACCUGGUUUACCGACGUUGAGACUAAGCCAGGGUGGAGAAUGUCGGUCUUAUACCCAGAAGGGUCUCUCAAAUCGUUGGACAUCAUCUUUUGUUGGAAUCAUACCAAUUUCGACGGCGUAUCAGGCAAGAUUCUUCAUCAGAGCCUCUUGCGUAACCUCAAUGAUCCCAAAGUCGAUAAAGAGCUACAUUACCUCAAGAACAAUGUUCUACACCUCGAAAGUGUUGCGGAUAGAUUCCCGCCACCCCCGGAGAAGCUUAUCAAGAUCCCAAUCUCCUGGGGAUUUGCUCUAUCAACCGUUUGGAAAGAGCUAAAACCCCCAUUUCUUGUAUCGCACGAUCCUACUCACGCCAACUGGGCUCCUCUUCGCGAGGAGCCCUAUCGAACUCUGUUCAGAACUAUUUCAAUUGACGAUGCAACAUUAAAGAAGGUCAUUGAUAAAUGUCGAUCGCAUCAGACUACUAUCACAGGUCUUCUGCAUGCUCUUCCACUGGCUUCUCUUUCUCUUCAGUUGGCCGAAGGCAAGAAGCAUCACAAGAAGGAGGCAAAUUCAAUGUAUGCUAUCACUGCAUUGGAUACUCGACGUUUUAUUCCCACGAAGUCUGAAGCGUAUCCUUGGCAUGUUCCUAGCACGACUAUGGAUAACGAGAUGACGCUAUGCGACCAUAUGUUUGAUCAGAACUUAGUAUCAGAAAUUCACACCAAAGUCAAAGGUGCUUCAGACGAAGAUACCAUGACCCAGCUUGAAGGUAUCGUCUGGUCUACCGCUGCUCAAGCCCGCAAGGAUAUCCAGAACAAGCUAAAUCAAGGCAUGAACAAUGAUCCUUCAGGCUUGAUGGGCCUCGUGAAAGACUGGCGCAUACAGAAGAAGCAACAACUCCAGAAGCCACGAGUCGGAGCCUGGGGUGUCUCCAACCUGGGAACGAUGGAUGGAGAAGGAGAAGGCUCAGGAUGGAAGAUCGAGAGGGCCGUGUUUCAGCUUAGCUGUGAGAUUACAUCUCCCGUCUUCCAUAUUAGCUCCAUGAGCGUGAAAGGGAAAGAGAUGUGCGUUGAUAUCAGCUGGCAGGAAGGUAUCGUUGAUGCUGAAAUUGGAGACAAGCUUGCUUCUGACAUGGAGGCCUGGUUAAGGUUUCUUGGCGCUUAG